CCACGGGAAGGUGGGGGGAUGGUUUGAAAUAGGAUAAAAGUGCUUGAGAAUGUACAGAUUACACUCAUAUUACUGAUGUGCUGCAAUCUUCUGCUCUACCAAUCAGAUAUUUUACUUUCAAAAUUAGGAGCAUAGGCUUAAUUUCUGAGACCCAAAGAAAAACUUUUGUUAGAAGAGUUCUAUAGUUCUCCCAGUCUAACACCUUAGAAACCCUUGUGUGCUGUGUUCCCUGGGUAGGAGUGCUGGUAGUGGGAGGAGCCUUUAUGUUGUCAGUUUCCAGUCACAUUUCAGGCAGCUUGGGUGGUAAAUUCCAGUUGCCUGUGAUGAUGACAGAGAGUAAUGAGUUGAGGCCUUGUCUGAUUUUCCCCCUGCUCCUGAUGGAAGGAGAGUGAUAAAAAUAAUUUAAUUUCUUAGGAAAUUUGGUAGUUUGGAUUGGAAUUGUUUUUCCCUCCUCUCUUGUUCCCUUUGCUUAUUAGAAAGUAUUGAUUUUGAAAUAGAGAAAGUGAGUUUAUUAGAUUUGGGGUGGACAUUGAUUAGCUGUAACCCAAUUAUAAAUCCUCAGAAGGGGAUGUUAGUAAACAAAUGCUUUUCACAUCCAAGAACUUGUGGUUCCCACUCUUCCUGCUAAUCAACUGGUUGAAGCUGAGCACAGGCAAGAUCUAUAUCCACUAAGUUUAGAAUUGCAUUGCUUUUGAUUUAUUCUAAUAGGGUCCUCUUGAUUUCCAAUUUAUUUUUUCCAGGUAAGGACAUCUUCCUCUUGACAACCUAUUUAAAAGACCCAAGAAUGUUUUGAACGGAGGCUGUAUAUCAUGCUUAAGGAAAAGCCAUGAUCAAUAUAAUAUUCUCUAACCAUGGCACAGGUAGAGAAACGUGGGGGUUUGCUUCGGAAAUCUUCAGCUUCCAAGAAACCACUGAAGGAAAAAGUGGUGCUGAUGUAUGAUGAGAUCUUCAUGACAGAGGACCCCAGUAAGUGCAGUCCUCGCUUUUGGGAGGAGCUCUUUCUCAUGAAGGUGAAUUUAGAGUACCUAGAAGGCAAGCUGGAAUCUCUUGAUGGUGAGGAGUUAAUGAAGAUCAAGGACAAUAUUAAUUGCCUAUUCCAACACUGCAUCCAGGCUCUGGGAGAGGAUCAUCCAAUUCGAGUUGUCAAUGCAUUGCAGACCUUGUGUGCACUCAUUCGAGGAGUCCAUCAAAAGAAUAAGUCUACCUCUGGGUUUGACAUUAUCAACAUGCUAAUGGGCUUUGACAAGGCGGAGCUCUGCAUGAAGAACUUGAUGGAGAGUUUGGAUUCAUUGCUUUGUGCAGAAGGUUCUGAAAGUCUGAAGAGUUUAUGUCUGAAACUUCUCCUUUGCUUAGUGACUGUGACGGAUAACAUCAGCCAGAACACUAUUCUUGAGUAUGUAAUGAUCAACAGCAUAUUUGAAGCAAUUUUACAGAUACUUUCACAUCCCCCAAGUCGUAGGGAGCAUGGGUAUGAUGCCGUUGUUCUCUUGGCUUUGCUGGUGAACUAUCGAAAAUAUGAGUCUGUGAAUCCUUAUAUUGUGAAGCUAUCUAUUGUGGAUGAUGAGGCCACACUCAAUGGAAUGGGGCUUGUAAUUGCUCAGGCUUUGUCUGAAUACAACAGGCAGUAUAAAGACAAGGAAGAAGAACACCAAAGUGGUUUUUUCUCUGCUUUAACAAAUAUGGUGGGCAGCAUGUUCAUAGCAGAUGCCCAUGAGAAAAUCUCAGUACAAACCAAUGAGGCCAUUCUUCUGGCACUUUAUGAAGCUGUUCAUUUAAAUCGCAACUUCAUCACAGUAUUAGCUCAGAGCCAUCCAGAAAUGGGCUUGGUGACGGCCCCUGUCAGUCCUGCUCCUACAACCCCAGCCACACCACUUGGGACUACACCACCCUCCUCUGAUGUUAUAAGUGCUGUAGAACUCCCACUGGAUGCAGAUGUACAGACCAGUAAUCUACUGAUAACCUUUUUAAAGUAUAGCUCAAUUGUCAUGCAGGACACCAAAGAUGAACACAGGCUUCACAGUGGCAAACUCUGUCUGAUUAUCCUUACAUGUAUUGCAGAGGAUCAGUAUGCCAAUGCAUUUUUGCAUGAUGACAACAUGAAUUUUCGAGUAAACUUACAUAGAAUGCCUAUGAGACACAGGAAGAAGGCAGCAGACAAGAAUCUUCCCUGCCGUCCUUUAGUUUGUGCAGUACUAGACCUGAUGGUAGAGUUUAUUGUAACACACAUGAUGAAGGAGUUUCCUAUGGAUCUCUAUAUACGCUGCAUCCAGGUAGUACACAAACUGCUUUGCUACCAGAAGAAGUGUCGGGUACGCCUACAUUACACCUGGCGGGAACUCUGGUCAGCCUUGAUAAAUUUGCUGAAGUUCCUUAUGUCAAAUGAGACUGUACUUUUGGCCAAACACAACAUUUUUACAUUAGCCCUUAUGAUUGUGAACCUAUUUAAUAUGUUUAUCACAUAUGGCGACACAUUUCUGCCAACCCCCAGCAGCUAUGAUGAACUUUACUAUGAGAUUAUCCGCAUGCACCAGAGCUUUGACAACCUCUACUCCAUGGUCCUGAGGCUUUCUACCAAUGCAGGCCAGUGGAAAGAAGCAGCUAGCAAGGUGACCCAUGCGUUGGUUAAUAUCAGAGCCAUCAUCAACCAUUUUAACCCCAAAAUUGAGUCAUACGCUGCUGUGAAUCACAUAUCCCAACUGUCAGAGGAGCAGGUGCUGGAGGUGGUGAGAGCCAACUAUGACACACUCACUCUGAAGCUGCAGGAUGGCCUGGACCAGUAUGAGCGCUACUCAGAGCAGCACAAGGAAGCUGCCUUCUUCAAAGAGCUGGUUCGAUCCAUUAGCACCAACGUCCGGAGAAACCUGGCCUUCCACACACUCAGCCAGGAAGUCCUGCUCAAGGAGUUCUCUACUAUCUCCUGAGGCCACACCUACCCGAGCAGCCUCUGACUGCCCUUACCCAUGAAUCAUGGGCCAGAGGGGGAGCGAGGGGAGCGGGGCUGCCCCCGAGGUUGGAGAGAAACACAGAUACCAAGUUCUCUUGGUGAAAACCACACUUCAGUGGAGCUCGGACAGCAGGGGCAGGAGGGGCAAGCCAGGGAUAAUCUUAUUUGGGGAGGAAUGGGUGGGCACAGUGGGGAGAGGCCUCCAGGAAUGUAGGGACUUGCAGAGUGGGCUCCCUAAACAGCCCCUCACAUUUCCAGUCUUGAGGUUACAAGCUGUGGCUACUGACUAAUUUUCGGGAGCUGGUGAGACAAGCCUCAGGGUAAUGCCAGCACUCCGAAAGUCAUUGGCUCUGCUUGGCUUCUGAAAACAGAUAAACUCUCAGAUAUAGCUGGAGCCACAUCCUGUUUCCUUUGGACAUGGGGCUGUGCUUGGCUUGCAAUUUGUGUCCCCUGCCCCAACUGGCACUCUGUCCAGUCAUCAGGACCCUUGGCUCGGAUUUAGGGUAGGAUAGGAAUAGGGUACCUUUUUCCCAUUUUCUUUCUUUCUUUUUUUUUUUUUUAGACAGAGUCUUGCUCUGUUGCCCAGGCUGGAGUGCAGUGGCACAAUCUCAACUCACUGCAACCUCUGCCUCCCAGGUUAGAGCAGUUCUCCUGCCUCAGCCUCUGGAGUAGCUGAGACUACAGGUGCGUGCCACCACUCCCAGCUAAUAUUUUGUAUUUUUAGUAGAGAUAGGGUUUCACUGUGUUAGCCAGGAUGGUCUCGAUCUCCUGACUUCAUGAUCUGCCCGCCUCGGCCUCCCAAAGUGCUGGGAUUACAGGUGUGAGCCAUAGCGCCCACCAUUUUUCCUGUUUUCUGAAUUCAGUGUUGACUCCUCUGGGAAACUGGAGAUGAGAAUCUGCCAGUGCUCUGCUGUCCGGCCACCACUUUCUGAAUUUUAAUUUUGGCACCAGGAGUACCGUUAACUUUCCCCUCCUUCCGACCCAUUGACUCACCAGCACAAUAGGGUCACAACCUUAACUUUUCAUUUCUAAUUUAGUUUAAUUGUCUUUAGGGUGUGUAUGAAAUAAACACUGACAGGUUUUCGGAGGCUUCAAGGUGCCUACUUUGCUGGUUCCCUUUCCAGCAGCUUCCCUGCCUCCCUAGCCCCCACUCCUUUGGCAGCCUCCUGCCUCUGCUGAGCUCCCCUCCACGUGUUCCACCCCCUUACCCUGCUGUUGUUUACAUCCAGCCUCCCUGAGAAUUUCCUCUGGGGAGGAAUCUGUUCCUGUUGUGGUCUAGUGCCUGGGAGGGAGAGAACUUUCUGUGGGUAGGGUGCCCUCCAUCUGAAACAGGCCAGGGGAGCAUCAUGCAUAAGGCCUCCAUUCUGUCCACUCAGAUUCUGGGUGAGGCCAUAGGCAAAUCUCUUGACUUUUGGGGAGUCGGCCUGUGGUUCCUCCCUUGGAUAGCCUCCAUGGAACCACUGUAGGCUUUCCCCACAGCUGCCUCUGAAAUAGCUGCUGCUUCGAGAUCCUCCCUUUUUAAACUCUUUCUAAAGCCCUCAGGAUGGCAGGGAGCAAACAGCACUGGUAUAUCCUAGGAGUAAGUGCAGGAAUUCAGCAGUGAGAGCAUGUCUGAGACCACCUGGGCUUAAUCUCAAAUCUCUUUGGGAUACUUGCCCUCCCUGGGAACCAGAGUUCUGGCUCUACUGUUGAGCAGCUAUGCACUAGUUCCAGAGAAUCCACUAAUAGGCUGCCAUGUAUAGAUGUAGGUUCUUAAGAGAUCACAGGCUGGGUCAUCUCUGAUUACUGGAUGGAUAGCUCAGCCUGGGGCAUUUAGUGUUUUCCCUGGUGAUAAACCCCAGAGCAGCUAGAUCUGGAGCUGGUGGCAAGUUGAAAUUAUUAAAAAUUGAUUUGUGUCA